AAUUUUAUUUAAAAUGAUGGAUAACCCUGAGCAACAACAACGUCAACAGCAGCUGCAGCUGCAACAACAAAACUCUUUAGCUGGUCUGCCACCACUGCCAAAAAGUCUCAGCGCUGCUGCAACCACAAUCGGUCCUGCUGUUCCAGGACAUGGACAUGGACAUGGGCUUGGACAGAGUCAGACUCAAGUACGUUCCCACACUUCGUCGCCGUCGUUGCAGCUGCAGGCAGUGGCGCCAGUGGUAGCCCUAACCGUGGCCGCUGGAGAUCUCUAUCUGGGACCAUCCACCUCGACGGCGGCAGCAUCGCGGAAUCGCAACUACAAUGGCCACGGGCGCCACGGCAGCCUAAGCUCCACGCAAGAGUCGUUGAGUGAUCGCGAGAGCGUUCACAGUCGCGCCUCGUCCACCUACAGCGCUAGCGGAGGCAACGGUGCAGCUCAGCAGCACACACCAACGAACAACGCGUCCAGCACCAUUGACAACCAGCUGGCUAUAUUGCGACGUGAAAUGUAUGGAUUGCGUCAAUUGGAUUUGUCACUGUUGUCGCAGCUCUGGGCGCUCAACGAGUCGAUUCAGGGAUUUCGCGUAUUUCUACAAGAGCAGGACGCCAUCUCGCCCCCGUCGCGAUCCCGCACGCCCUCCGAUGCCAAUUCGCUGUCGUCAGACGAGGACGAUGGGUCCUAUGCGCCAGUUGCGGUGCCCAAGCUUAAUACGGCGCCAGCCGUGAUUGCGGCUGCUCUGGGAUCGCCAGCGGCUAGCGGCGGUUUGCCGACCAAACUCGCGACGGGCUCAACGACAUCGCACGCCUCGACAAGUUCAACAUCGGGAGCAUCCGGCUCUUCAUCAGCAGCCUCCUCCAUGGGCAAACACCAUCAGCAACAGUUACAGCAGCAGCAGCUGCCCCAUUAUCAUCAUCAUCAUCAUCAGCGAUCAGCAGCACCACCAGCACCGCCAGCUCAACACAAGGCACAUCCUCAGCUGCCGCGAAUCUUACAGCAACGCAUGCGGCAUGCGCCGCCUCCACCGCCUCCCACACGGCCCAAGGGUAGUGGUGGUGGAGCGAGCAGCAGCAGCAGCAACCACAGCAUAAGCAGCGUCACACAACAACAACAACAGCAGCAACAACAAUUGCAUCAACAUCAGCAUGCAGUGGGACAUCAUCAAAGGCCUGUAUGACAAAACCCGUUCUUGGACUAAGUCUACCAUGGUCCAAGAACGUAGUGCAACUAGAGACAACAAGCACAGCAACAUCAACAGCAUCAGAUACUACCACACCCAAACAACAAAUAAGAAAAACAAACAAAACAUUUCACAAAUGUCAAUUGCACAUUCAUCAAGGAGUCAAUUUAAAUCUGUUGAUUACAGUUGAAUCAUCCAACUCAUCCAUGCUUGCCAUUUUUGAACGUUUCCUUGCAAGCUUUUGUAACGAAUCUUUUGGUGUGCAUUCGACAACCACAAAAAAGUCUAGUGUAUUAUUGCGAAAAUGGCAAGGAAAUUGUAUUCAAUAAUAUUCUUUAAAUAGUAAAGGAUAAGAUCCUUCAAUAAGCUAAAUACAUAAAUACAUUUAUCGCUUAUACCAUAUAUGUCGCAUAUAUAUGUGUAUAUUACUUGCUACUUGGAAAUACAAAUCUUGCAUCGAAAUAAAUAAUAGUAGGGAAUCUUUUGUUGCAGAAAGUUCUUGAAUGGAUAAGAAAUAUUUGAUGAUGAUGUUGAAAUGAUAGAGCAAACACAUAUAUAAUUAGUUAAAUUACUUAUUGUACUACUUGAAGCUAUUCUAAAUAAUUAAAAACUAACACACAUUACCUACCAUUAACCAAAACUAAACUCUUGGCCUAAACACAUUAAAGCUAGCCAUUAUAUCGAUAAAUAUCCAUACAUUUUUCGUUGCACUUUAAAAAGAAACCUUAAAAUCUAGGUUCGAUCGCGUUUCUACUAAAAAGAAAAGUUACUAUGCGUAAUUACCAAUAUGGAGAAGCACUUAGGAAUCACGAAGUCCGAUUGUUUUUCUCUCUUUCGUGUCAGAUUUGAUCAAUUCAAUAGUGAACUCAAGAAAUAACCACUAUUAUCGGUAAUUUAAUUAUCCUCUGUAGACUCGGAAAGUAAAUACCCGCUUUAUAGGUGCUUGAGGAUAUAGAUGGAAUCUUAGAAUAUUCAUAUACAUAUAUGAAAAGUAACAUCGGUGCAGAGAAUAGAAAUUAUCUACACCAUCAAAUCGAUAAUACACAUAAUAAUAAUAUAUGUAAUUUGAAAUUGGAUAAAUUGACACGUUUGCUGAUGCUGAUGAUAUUCUGUACCCUAUAUAAACAUAUUCUUUAUAUUAUCGGAGAUGCCUCCCUCCGAUCGUUACAAUACAUUUACAUUUACACAAAUUUAUUACACCCACUCCAUUUAAUGGGUACUCAAAGGAGAUUUACAUUAAAUUAGUAUUGUAUCUUCGGCAACUGUCAAGGAUUAAUCUCAAGAAAACUCCUAUAUCAACAUUACAUGAUUCGUGUUUAUUCGAAAAGAAAAAACAAACAAUAUGCUAGCUUAGUUCGCGCAUAUCAAAAUGUAUGUUCGUAACGUAUGUGUAACUAACUAAUCGUAAGGAAGUUCAAGUUUUCUUCUAUAUUAGCAUUAUUUAUGAAAGAAACCAACAACGAUUUUUGGCCUAACCUUUUUCCUUCUUCAUAGAGAAUUCAAUCAAAAUGUGAAAACCAUGAGUCAAAUAAAUGGAUUUUUAUAUGAAGUGAAAGUAAUUGCAUUUAUUGUACUAGACACUUAGCAAUGUGCAGGAUAGUUUUCUAGUUCGAGGAAAACAUUCGAGAGCAAAAUCUGAAUCACUUUUUAGUGUGCGAUGUACGAACUAUUUGGUAAGCAAUUUGUUGAUAUUUAUAACUGGACGGUUGGUUUUUGUAAUGUAGUCAUAAAAAAAAUCAAACAAUAUCGUCGAUAUGUAACGUGUACUGCAAAUAAUUUAAAAGAAUGAAAUGAAAGAUCUGAACAAUAAAUAUCACCUUAAAUAUU